AUGAAACGAAAGGGCGCCCCUUCGGAGGCCAACGUGAAAGGCAAGAAAAGGCGGAAGAAAGAUGCAAUGCAGCCAGGAUGCAAGGACAAAGCAGACAGCGCAACGCCGGAGGUUCGACCAGAGGUUCAGCAGGUGCUGGAGGAGCUGGCGGAUCCCGAGACCAAAGGAACUCUCUCGGACCGGCUGAACCCAACGCACCCUCGCUUCGACAAGAAGCUGAAAGCGAGUUGGAAGAGCUUCUCAAAGAAGGAGCGAGCCGCUAUCGUCGAGUGCGACCAGAAGAAGAUGAAGGCAACUGUGAGCGCUGUGGUCUCAAUUCAGCAUCCCUUCGAAGUGAACGGCGACGACCACUGCGAGACAUCUCUGGAAGCCUACCGAGAUGUGGAACCUAUUUUGCACCACAUUGCUUCUCGGCAUGUUGGACUGGGCCGAGAUCCCAAGAAGCUUCGCAUCUACGACCCUUUCUACUGCGCUGGCAGCGUGGUCAAACACCUCGCUGAGCUCGGCUUCUCCAGGGUCUACAACAAGUGCGAGGACUUUUAUGCCGUGAUGAAUGAGGGCAGAGUGCCAGCGCAUGAUGUGCUUCUCACCAACCCGCCCUACAGUGGUGACCACGUGGAGCAUUUGCUGCGAUUCUGCCGCGAGAAUGAGAAGCCCUUCCUCUUGCUGAUGCCCAACUACUUCUGCGCCAAGGAGUUUUAUGCGGAGGCGGGCACGAAGUCAAUGCUGUACCUUUGCCCCCGCAAGCGCUACUUCUACUGGACUCCUAAGGGCUUGCGGGACAGGGGGAAGGUGCAGUCACAGCACGCCGGCUCCGCAGGCAACCGAACCUCGCCCUUUGUGAGUUUCUGGUACCUGGACCUCAAGCCGGUCUGCAGCUCCAAGGACCUGCUGCGCUGGUGGCAGGACCAACUUGCCGAUCGUCGGUGGAUCCAUUUGGCUGCGGCUCAAGCCUGGUAA